AUGAAUAAGCAAUUGUGUGGCAAGUGGCUAUCCACCCUUAUUUCAGUCACUGCUUCAUGAUAUCUCAUAUUUCCAAGGACAUGGGGGUUACUAGUUUUCUCAAAAAUGGUACCUUCUUGCUGGCAAUUCUUACUUUGCUAAGUAGUUUUCCCUUGAACCACGUGAUGGCUAGUGUUUACACCGUUGGUGACCAAGACGAAUGGAGUAGCCAAACAAAUUAUGCGAGAUGGGCAGAGAGACACAGUUUUAACCGUGGCGAUGUUCUUGUUUUCAAGUACGUGAAAGGGCAACAUAAUGUGUAUGAAGUGAGUGAGGAGACAUUCCGAUCGUGUGAUGCAAGUAGUGGAGUAUUGGCUAAAUACGAGAGUGGAGAAGAUGAAGUGGCACUGAAUGAGGUUAAGAAAUAUUGGUUCAUCUGCAACGUAGUAGGGCACUGCCUUGGGGGCAUGAGAUUUGGAAUUCAAGUAAAAGGUGACAGCAAUGUUACGGAUGGUGUAUUUCACUCACCAAUUGCACCAACUCCCUCAAGUAAUUCUUGUUCCAGUUAUAUCUCUCAAAGAUGGAGGGUGAUUCACAAUUUUCUUCUUUUCGGAUUGUUAUUGUUCAACUACUCUUUUUGAUUAAUAAAAUAUGUGGAUAUUUCAUUAUUUAUUUCUGCAUAUGGUUUUCAUGUGUGUACUUUUGCAAUUCUUUACGUACCAAAAAAGUUUUCUUUUUCAGAAAAGAAACGAAAUGUAAAAAAUUCUUGAGUAAUCUACCCCC